AUAUCUCUUUUUUUUAUUUUUAUCUUUUUUAUUCCGCACAAUGAAAAAAUUCGAAAUAACGUAACGUGUUAAUCGAAUUUUUAAGUCAAUAUCAAUUGACAAACAUUGCUUUGAUUUUCACUCUGAGUAUUUAAUGUCUGAAGAUAAAAAAUUUGCGCCAAAUCCUAAAAACAAAAAACAAUGCAAUUAAUUCGCUUCUACAAAGUCGUAUUUUAAAUUUCUUCGUAAACUAUCCAUCGCAUGCAGUCCGAUUCUCUUCUACUUCCGCCGCUUUCUCACGUUGCGUUUUCUCUCCGCAUAAUUACUCUCGUACUCUCCGUGUGUCCGUCCUUGAUUGUAAAAAUUGACGACAGCAUGUAGCACAACGUAUGAGUUCAUUUCCCUCUCGCGUAAUCACGUAAUAUUUCUCCAUUUCAGCACGGCACGAGUGAUUAUCGAGAUUUCUUACACAGAAAGCGAAAGGCAACCCCCCCGCGAAUUCUCAUUCGAGAAGGGAGAUGAAGUAAACGCAAACUUACGAGCGACAUACUUUUAAUUGUAGACGCCAAACGUGAGAAAAGAAGAAAAACAAAGGAAUCGAAAAUUCGUAAAUUCUGCGCGCGGUAUUCUCGUUUGAAAUUUAAACGCAACCUAUCGAUCGAUUUAUCGCGAUAUAUCGCGCAAACUUCACACGGUUUCUUCCUACAUACGAGAGAUGGCCGCAUUUGUCCCCUACAUGUCGAAUAUAUAACCUAACAUUUGUGUUUUUCGACAAGUAAUAUUGUUAUUAAUAUAUUUAUUUUAGAAUUUAGUUGUAUAUGCAAUUAGAUUUACGACACUGUGAUUUUGUAAUAACGUCAUUUGCGGAAAUAAAUCUCAUUACGAAAUGCCGCCAAAACCUGCGAUGAAUUCCAAGCGCAACGGCAAGAAUGAAAAGAGCAUGUCAAAACCACGUAUUCCUCCUAAGGCAGCAGAUACGAGCAAUACAAGCUGUUUGAAUCCAGAAGAGGAGGAUCGUUUCGAAUUGGAAUUGUGUUGGUGUAUACAACAGCUAGAAACGAGCCUAGCUACUCGUAAAUUGCAGGAGAAGCAGGCGCAGGAUCUCAGUAAACAAUUACAUUCGUUGAAGAGUAACACCGCGCCGUUGAUAAAAAAGAGACAAAUAAUGAGGAAUACUUUGGGAGAUUACAGAGAAAAAAUGGCUGAGGACGAGCGAAAAUUUAGCAGAACUGUGUCAACUGUAAAAUUUACAAAUUCCUCGACAGAUAAAAAGUCGAUAUUUAUUAAAAAAGCCAGUGGACAUGGUAUACAGAAUUUUAAUAGACAAUUAGAUGAUCAUAGAACUCAAAACGCAUUACAAAGUACAAAGCAGAUUGUUAGUGAUAGAACGCAAACCCCAUUUCAGUUUAAUUUUCAGAUAUGUCAAUAAAAUCAAUUUUUAUAUUCCUAU